GUUUUCAGCAUGUGUCACCUUUAGAGUCAUUUCCCUUGGAUAUAUGGAACAAAAUGUUGGGGCUGAUGUUGACAGCUCCAUUUCAGCUGGCUCAGCUUUGUAUUGGGAACAUGAAGGCCAAAGGUUGGGGGCGCAUUAUCAACAUUGCCUCUGCCCAUGGCCUGGUGGCCUCACCUAACAAGACAGCCUAUGUAACAGUUAAACAUGGACUUGUAGGCUUCACUAAGGCUGUCAGUUUGGAGACUGCUGGUUCUGGAGUCACAUGUAAUGCAGUUUGUCCUGGCUAUGUAGAAACACCUCUGUUUAUAAAGCAGGCAGAAGAUAGAGCCAAGGACCAAGGUAUAUCAUUUGAGGAUGGGAAGAAGCAGAUACUGGCGGUGCAUCCCUCGGGCGAGGCUGUGAAAAUUAGCGAGGUGGCAGAAAUUGUGGCCUUUCUGUGCUCCAGUGCAGCAAAUCAGAUUACUGGAGCCUCAAUGGUUGUUGACGGCGGAUGGACUGCCCGUUAA